AUGUCACUCUAUUUAAUUACCGAGGCAUUUCGUAAACUCGGUUCACCAGAUAUAAAAAAUGACGAUUUCUAUGAUCGAUUAAGUCGCAAAUACUCAUUUAUAUUACUUGGUGUAUCAUUUUUAAUUAUUAGUACAUCAACAUUUGUUGGUCAACCGAUUAAUUGUUAUACACAAAAUAUUCCAAGCAGUUAUGUUAGCUAUAUUAAUUCGGUUUGUUGGAUUGAAUCCUCAUAUUAUCUACCAAUGGAUCAACCUUUACCAACACGUAAUGAAAAAGAUCCAUUUAAAAUUCUUUAUUAUCAAUGGAUUCCAUUUAUAUUGUUGACUAUGAUGUUUUUCUUCUAUAUACCUGGUUUUCUUUGGCGAAAUCUUAAUAAAUCAUGUGGUAUUAAUACAAAAAUGAUUACAAAAAUGGUUUCUGAUUUGGAUCAAUUGGAUAGUGAAAAAAGAGAAAAAGCUAUACGAACCUUAGCAAAACAUAUAGACAGAGCAUUAGCUUAUCAUCGAGAUUACGAUCAUGGACUUAUGUAUAAUUUUUGUCGACGUUUUGGAUUUGUUCCAUGCACAUUAAUAGGUAGACAUUCGGGCUAUAAAUUAGUGUAUACAUAUAUUUUUGUUAAACUACUCUAUAUUGGAAAUGCUAUCGGUCAACUUUUGUGUUUAAAUUUAUUCAUGGGUGAUGGCUUUACUUUUUACGGCAUUAAAAUGAUUCAACGUUGGCUCAAUGGUCUUCCAUUAUCUGAUGAGCAACGUUUUCCACGUAUAUCUAUAUGUGAAAUAUCUAUUCGAGCACUCGGUGAUAAUAUUCAACGAUAUAAUGUUCAAUGUCUUCUACCAAUUAAUAUCUAUAAUGAAAAGGUCUUUUUAGUCAUUUGGUGUUGGCUUGUAUUUGUUGCUAUAGCUUCAAUUUAUGGAUUAUUUAAAUGGUUCUUUUACUUGUCAUCAUGCGCUCGAAUUAAUUUCAUUCGUAGAUUUUUAAAAGCAAAUGAUGUUCCGUAUUGUUACAGAUCAUCUUCAUCAAUGGGCACUGAUUCAAAUGGUGAUCAAGUACCUAUUAAACGUCUUGCAGAAUUUGUUAAUAGUUAUUGUCGACAAGAUGGUAUAUUAUUGUUACGUAUUAUCAAGAAAAAUACAAAUAAUGUUAUUGCCGGCGAAGUUGUUUGUGCAUUAUGGGAUAAUUGGAAAAUAAUGCCUAAAAUUCGUUCAAAAGCAUCACCUGAAUCGGAUAAUGGCGGUCAAAUAAUUGGUUUAGGUGUUAAAGGUUCGAUGAAACAGAAUGGUGCUGGUGAAGGAAUUGAAAAAUUAUUACCGCCUAUGUCAGGCAUAUUGUCGUAA